CACGCACGCACGCAUACUUGCUCAGACCAAGCUAUGGAAUAAACAGUACGCGGUGGACCGACGGCGGCAGCAGACUCGGUCAGUCAGCGGUGAGUGUCCUCUGCGUUUGUCCAGCGGGGACGACAGGCACAAAGCAGCAGUGCGUCCACUGUCCGUGUCUCUGCACGUCCACGCUGAUGAGUGCAGCCGUGCGCAGCUGUUCAGCUCUGGUCGGUUCUGUUCGGUCCGGUUCUGUUCGCUGUGAGGAGGAGACGGGUGUUCGCUCGGACUGUGCUGCAAUGUGAUAGAGUGAGAAUCGGGUUCUUUCCUGCUGUAUGAGAGCGGACGGUCGACGACGGAGACAGAAGCCUGCUGUGGUUCAGAGCAGGGACAGCGUGGGCGAGGUGUCUCCAUUCAAACCCAUCAUGCCCUUCUCUCUGGCGUUGAUUCAGGAAGUGUGUGUGUGAUCGUCCCCUGGUCCCCUCUGCUGGGAUGAACAUGCCACUGCACCAGAUCUCUGUCAUUCCCCGGGACGUCACCUCUUCACGGGUGUCCGGCAGCGGGAAAGCUAAGGACAAGGACAAGCAGAAUGAGAAGCCUCUGGGCCACUCAGCCAGCAGGUCCAGCAAUAUAUCCAAGGCCGGAAGUCCGACUUCGGUCAACGCUCCGUGCAGCUUCUCAAGGACGUCGGUUUCCCCCUCGAGUCAGGACAUCUGCAGUCACGACCAGGACUGUCAAAAACAGACCACAGUGGUUCUGCUGAAUCCUGGUGCUAAUCCCGCUCAGGGUUCUGGAGGAAUCUCCGUCACCACGCUCUGCACCGAUGAUCUCCAGGCGUCGAAACAGCCUCGACCUCGUGACUGGAUGUCUCUGCUCUGGCCCUCCUCCGUCAACAUCCCACCCCACGGCUCGCUCAGGUUCUCUCUCUCUCUGAACGACAUGGGCCAGCGCAUGGACAGUCUGUGUCGUGGUCUGCACUUUAUAGACCGUACCUGCUCGGAGGGGGAGCUGGAGCCGAAGCCCGAGCCUCCGCAGGUGCCCCACGUGGAUCGAAAGGCGCACACACUGAAUGUCAAACAGCCCGCAGCUCCGUCCUUCCUCCACCCGACUCCCGCCCAGACCACCCGCCCUCACUUACACUUUGUCCCUUCCUUCACCAACAACUGUGGCAGGAGCGUGCCAUCGAAAGAUUUUCCACCCCCUCCUCCUCCUCCUCCUGCUUCUUCCAGCUCCCACCUCCAACCAAAUUGCUCCUCUAACCUCCUGCGCCUCCUGCAGCCCUUUUCCCGCUCCUCCACCUCAGCCAGCCUGCAGUGGUCUGAGCUGGGCAGCCAGGCCUCCAACAGGGCGGAGGUUGUUCUGGGUGAAGAUGACGUGUUUGUAGAGGACUGGUCUCAAAAGUACGCGGGCCGGCCGGCCGUGGACGACACAGUCACGCGGCCCGGGCCACGCCCUCUGCUCGCCCCACUUUGCUUUAUGGACGAGGACGGUGACUUGGACUGUUGCCCGUCCCCUUUGUCAGAGAAAACCGUACCGCUGUCACCUACUUCGUUGUCCGAGUGCUGCAGGAUUUGUCACUGCGAAGGCGACGAUGAGAGUCCCCUGAUCACGCCGUGCCACUGCACGGGGAGCCUGCGCUUCGUCCACCAGGCCUGUCUACAGCAGUGGAUCAAGAGCUCCGACACUCGCUGCUGUGAGCUCUGUAAAUAUGAAUUCAUCAUGGAGACCAAGCUCAAACCACUGCGUAAGUGGGAGAAACUACAGAUGACGGCCAGCGAGAGACGGAAGAUCAUGUGCUCGGUCACCUUCCAUGUCAUCGCCAUCACCUGCGUGGUGUGGUCACUGUACGUUCUCAUUGACAGAACAGCAGACGAGAUCAGACAAGGAAUCCUAGAGUGGCCGUUCUGGACCAAGCUGGUGGUGGUGGCCAUCGGAUUUACAGGCGGACUGGUUUUCAUGUACGUCCAGUGCAAAGUCUACAUACAUCUAUGGAGGAGACUGAAGGCUUACAACAGGGUCAUAUACGUCCAGAACCGACCAGAGACGUGUAAAAAGCUGGCACUGGAGAAGCCGCCUCUCCUGGAGCCCAGUCUGGAAAACAAGGAGGCGCUAGUCCCGACUCAGUCGGACACAAACUCCUCUCAGUACACAGAGACAGAGGACUACGGUAUGGAGGUGCUGCACGUCUGACCGCUCAGUCCAAUGCCAUCGUUGGUCCUACGAGAACCACGUCACAAACAGGUUCAGUGUGACUGAGGUCGGAGCGGACCCUGAACCCAGUGUGGUCCAAGCUCCGGUGUCCGGUCUUCUGUCGUCAAAGUUCCUCCUGCAGAAUCAGACAGAUCUCGACUGUCUUCUUCUAACUCAAAAUUCAUCCUAAGAGACUCCUUUUUUCCGUCUGCUCCUUAAUUUCACGUUCCCCUUCUCCUGCACUGGACGGUUUCCACUGAAGUCUGUAAAUGUCUGAGGAGACCUGGAGCAGAGCAUGAACUCACAGCAGUCUGUGUACCUGUGGAAGAGCAGGACUGAGAAAGAAAGAAAAGAAAAACAGACUGUGAACAGCUCUGAAGGUCUACACCUAAUCUGACGCGUGGUGUUUUUGUUUGUGAGUUUGUAACAUUUGUUUGUUUUUACCUGCCGUGAGUUGAAAACGGCGUGAAUCGGUAAGUAGCGCUGCACACGCACCAGGUCUCUAGAACAUUCCAGCCACUGCCGUCUCUGUCGCUGUGGUCUGUCAACGUCAAGUUGGUCUUAAUGAGGACAUGCAUCAAAGCACUUUCAGUUUUCCAGUCUCUUUGUCUCGCUCCUUUUUUUUUCUCUCUAACGUGAAUGGACUCGUGUGGAGGAGACGGAGCAUAAACAAACCUGGAAAUCUUUGGGUUUUUUUUUCUGAUUUAUUUGAAGUGAUCUUCUUUCAAUGCGUGUAUAUAAAGCCUGUGAUGGAUGACACAAAAGGAAUGGAGUUGAAAAGUGGUAAAAGUCAAUUGUUAACUGAUCCCUGUGGAGUUUAAAACAAAUCACUGGCAGAAACCUGACAGCUAUGAUUAGUGUUAAUGCUCAUUUUCUUUUCUGUGCAGGUCAGGAAUCACUUCCUUCAUAACAGCUCACUUUAGCUCUGAGAAUAGGUCAGACAUGACAGUUAGUUACAUUCUUUUUUUUUUCACAUCAGGAAGAAUUCCAGACUAUUAAAGGAUUAAUCACAAGAUUCCUAUGUGUGUUUCCUCACAUCUGGCCUUAUGAAACAGGUUGUUCCGGCACCUUCUUCUUAACAUUUCUCAGCAGAAGCACAGCUUGAGUGCAGUUCCUGGAGCGGUUUCACUUUUAUAACCAGCUGGGCGUAUUUACAAUUCACAAACACACUUUACUUUGAAAAAAAAAAAGAAAAAAAAAAACCAUAAACGAAUGUGUUUGUCACCUGGCACCGACGCACAGUCAUGCUUAUUGCUCAGUGGUGAGAUUGCCACAGUGCAAUCUGCUGGUUAGGGCUCGCAGGUGCUGUCAGAAUGAGGCUGAGUGCAGCAGAUUUCUGAAGGAUGGUAAACUUUUUUAGCAGCACUUUUAUUUUUGUGUAUUAUUGUUAGUCUUGUUCUUCGCCGACUUUAACUGUCCGUGGUCCACUUCCACACCUGACACUCAAUGAUCAACAUCAGCAGCAAUAAAUGCACCGUUCUUACAUUUUCACAGUGCACUUGUGAAUCUGCCCCACGUUGGCUGAAAACCCCCGAGUAGAACACAACUUUAAUUUAUAUAAUAAUGAUUUAUUAGGAGCCCAGGGAGCAGUUGCCUGUCAAGUUGGAUUAAGACCCAGUAAUGAGACGCUUCCCUGAAAGUUCAAAGCCCCCACGAGGCUCAGUGCAAUUAGACCCAUUCUUUUUUUUGUUUUUGUUAAAGUGCAAUUACCCUUUUCUUGUUAUUCCCUUCUGUGGUUCUGUGCUGGUGUUUAAUGUCCAGGAAGUCUUCUGAGUUUAGUAAAGAAAUUAUUUUCUCUUUUUUUUGUUUUUCUUUUUUGUAUUUUCCUAUUUUGAGAAAUUUCAACAAAACAAGAUUAAAUAUUCAUUAGUCUUAAUGUACAUUUUCCUCCCUGGCAUUGACAGCAGCCAUUUACUUUUCAUCUUUCAUAUUAGGUUUGUAUAAUGUUUACUUCUGCUCUCUCCUGAUGUACUUAAUCUUCUUAAAUGGCUUGUUGAACGCCCACUUUUGCAUAACAAAUUGAAAAAAAAAAAGAAAAAGAUAACUUUGUGAAACAGUGGACGAAGGUGGACGCUAGGUUUUGCUUCUGGUUUGUUACUUCAUGUUCAUAGGAGCUGGCUCCUUUUCCCGAGACAAGUUUUGUCGUAGUUACCGUGAACUUGGAGGCCAUUUUUGUGCAAUUAUCAAGCAGAAAAGUUUCUAUCUGAAAGCUGCUUUUCUUCCAUUCAUUCCUUUCUUGUUUUUUUUCUACACCUCUGAGUCGUCAGGUGGUUUUGUUUUUAUUAUUAUUAUUAUUCUACAACCUCCCAAACGACCGUUGGACUGAGACACCUAGAAACAGGUUCUAGAAAGGUUCCUGCUCAGCGUUUCAUUCCUAUCGUUUCCUGUCUUUCUCUGAGGUCUCGUUCUGUCUGGGAGUUGUAUAACUUGCAUUAAACUGAAUUUGUUUACUACUGAGUGGACAUGAACACAUUUGACUGUUCCCCACCGUCUUAUGGCAUCAUUCCACAAGUUUGUCUGUGAAUUUUACAAUGAAAUAGUAACUGUAAAAAAUAAUUUUUUUGGUAAAAAGUAAAAAUCAGUUUUUAAAAGACAAUGUUGGUGUUUUCAGUUGGAUUUCCCAUGUUUGAACAAAGUAUGUAGAGUUAAAAAGAACAACCAAAUAAAAUGAAGUUGCUUUUGA